UGCCGUACGUCGGGCCACGGGCGGGCAGAGCAAGUGCGGUUGCACCGACACCGGUACUUAGGCGCGGGCCGGCGUGUCCUUGGGCUAGAGAGCGGGACGUCCGUCUUCGGGUCGCAGCAGCGUUUGUGGUGUUGAUCACCCGGGAGCGAAUUAAAAAUGGGUGAUGUUGAGAAAGGCAAGAAGAUUUUUGUUCAGAAGUGUGCCCAGUGCCACACUGUGGAAAAGGGAGGCAAGCAUAAGACUGGACCAAACCUCCACGGUCUGUUUGGGAGGAAGACAGGUCAGGCGGCUGGAUUCUCGUACACAGAUGCCAACAAGAACAAAGGCAUCACCUGGGGAGAGGACACCCUGAUGGAGUAUUUGGAGAAUCCCAAAAAGUACAUCCCUGGAACAAAAAUGAUCUUCGCUGGAAUUAAGAAGAAGGGAGAAAGGGCGGACCUAAUAGCUUAUCUUAAAAAGGCUACUAAGGAGUAACUCCACUGCCUUAUUUAUUACAAAACAAAUGUCUCAUGACUUUUAAUGUGCACCAUAAUUUAAUUCAUACCCCAAAAUUCAGAUCAUGAAUGACUAACAAUGUUUUGUUGGACAGUCCUGAUUUAAGUAAAACUGACUUGGAGAAAAGUGGAUCUGAUCUUUUUUAAAAGUAACGAUUCCAGUUGCAUAAACACUGUCACUGCUCUCCCUUUCUCAAGAUACGAUUGGACUUAGUUAUUACAGUUCUACUUUCCACAAAGAUGGGGGUGUCACCUCAAACCUACUAAAUGGUCUUAUAAUUACAUUUAUAUAAUUGGACAUAUGAAUAUGUUUAAACACUGGGGAAAUUCUGUCACCAUCUCAGAAAUGAGAAGACUCGCCUGUGGUAAAGUUUGUACUCCCUGCUGUUACAGGCAGUGGCUAAAGGUCAGGAGGCAACUGUCUAUUCUUGACUCAGUGGUGUUAUUUUAUUAGAAUUCCUUAAGUCAAAGGAUGCUGCCUUUUAUCAUUGAAAGGCACUUACUGUGGUCUAUGUAUAAUAUAUCAAAUAAAGAUAUUUAGCAAUGUUGUAGUUGAUCUAUUAUGUUAAAAUGCCUUUAGAAACCAGCAACUUAGACCUUUUAAAUUCUUUGUUAUCUAAGACUAAAAUACAAUUCACAAUUAUCCUUAAACACCCUUUCAGAAACAAAACUGGAACUUAGAUAUAUGUGUGAUUGCUGGUGGCAUUCUUUGCCAACUUUUUAUGGAAGGAUUAAAAUAAAGGAGAUACUUGCAAUGUAAGGUAAUUAA